CGUCCAGCCUAGCCUGGUAUUUAUGCAAACCUCCGUCAUUACUGACACAUGAAUUUAUUUUGACACGACUAGGACCAGCAUGAAGAGGAAGGGCAAGCCGGCGCCGGCGAAGGCCGCCGGCAAGAAGCGGCCGCUCGCUGCCCAAAUGAAGUCACAGCCAAAGAAGCCCAAUCCAUUUGAGCUGAAGGGCUCGAAGGGCCAUUUCGAUACCAUGGGUCGUCGCAGCGCUGGCAAGAAGAAGAAUGUCAUCGAGGCGCGGCAGGAGGCCGUCAACCGGCGGAAAAAGACGCUACUUGUGGAGUACCGCUCGUUGCGUAAGGCCAACACGUUUGUGGACCGGCGCUUUGGAGAGGGCGACCCGGAGAUGAGCGAGGCCGACAAGGGGCUGGGGCGGCUGCAGCGGCAGCGCCUCAAGCAGGUCAAGCUCAAGAAGCGCGGCGACAAGUUCACGCUGGCGGACGGCGCCGGCGGCGACGGCGAGGGCGAGGAGCUGACCCACAUGGGGCGCUCGCUGGCCGACGACAUUCGCAACCUCAUGGAUAAGCCCGAAUUUGACGACCUGGAUGAGGAGAUGGUCGAGGAGCUGGUGUCGCAGUACCACUUCGGGGGCGGCGGCGAGGGUGGCAGUGACGGAGCGGGCGGCGAGGGGCGCGGGCCGGACGGCAAGCCCAAGACGCGCAAGCAGAUUAUGGAGGAGAUCAUCGCCAAGAGCAAGGCCUACAAGGCGCUCAAGGCCAAACAGCGCGAGGAGGACGAGCAGGAGCUGGACAAGAUCAACGAUGAGUUCAAACAGCUGGUGCGCAGCGCGGCGCUCCGCGGGCUCCUCAAGGCGCCGGGCGAGAACAAGGGCGUCAAGGUGAAGGCGGAGAACCCUGAGGACGCGGCCUACGACGUGGCUGCGCGCGAGCUGGGCUUUGAGUCCAAGGGCGCGGCCACGGAGCCCACACUCACACCCGAGGAGCUGCUGGAGCAGGAGCGACAGCGCCUGGAGCGGCUCGAGAAGGAGCGCAUCAAGCGCAUGCGCGGUGGCGGCGGCCGCGGCGGCGACAGCGAGGAUGAGGACGAGGAGGACGAGGGCGAGGACGAGGAUGAGGAGGAGGGCGGUCGGCGGAAACGGCGGAAGGCGCACCAGUCGGGCGACGCGCUGGGGGAAGACGACUUCGACUCGGAUGGCGACGAGGGCGAGGACGAUGAGGGCGAGGAGGAGGACGAGGACGAGGAGGACGACGAGGAGGGCGGCGGCGGCAAGGGCGUGUCGGACCUGGACCAGCGGCGGAUGAAGAUGGCGGCGGGCGACCACCCACUGCAGGAAAGCUUCCGAGCCACGGCCGCGGCGCUAGCAGCCAAGUACGGCGUCCAGGCCAAGAACCCCUACCUGGAGGACGAGGAGGAGGAGGACGAGGAGGGGGAGGAGGACGAGGAGGGGGAGGAGGACGAGGAGGGGGAGAGCGGCGAUGAGGGCGAGGAGGAGGAGGGCGAGAGCGGCAGCGGCGAGGGCGAGGAGGAGGACGAGGAGGAGGGCGAGGAGGACGAGGAGGACGAGGAGGAGCAACUGCAGGAGCGGCGGCACCCCAAGAGCCAGCCCUCCACCUCCAAGCCCGGCGCGGACGCAGCAGCGCAGCAGCAGAAGCCGCAACGCGGCCAGCAGCAGCAGCAAAAGCCGCAGAAGCCGGCUCCGGUGCUGGACGGCCCUCUAGAUCUGCCGUACACCAUACCUUUGCCUGCAUCGUACAACGACUUUGCGGCGCUGGUGAAGGGGCGGCCGGCGGACCAACUGGCGACGGCGAUUGCCCGCAUCCGUGCGUUCAACGCGGUCGCUUUGGCGACUGACAACAAACGCAAGAUGCAGGAAUUCUUUGGCAUCCUGGUCCAGCACUUUGCGAUGGUGGCCGGCGACUCGCCGGUGCCUGUCGCCUCCCUGGACGUGCUCACGCGCGUGCUACUCGAGCUCCUGCCCGACGUCCCCUACUACGCCGCCACGGUCGCGCGCGCGCGCCUCGCUCGCAUGGCCGACCAGCUCACAUCCUCACUGGCAGGCCUCGGCGGCGCCGGCGCGCGCAGCGCCGCCGACGCAGCCGGCACGAUCUCGGAGUCUGUGGCGGGCGGCGUGGCGCCGACGAAGGCGGCGGCGGCGGCGGCCGCCGCCGCGGCCCCGGCUUCGCCGUGGGCGUCGUCGCGUGUGUUCUGCCAGCUGCAGCUGUUCACGCUCAUGUUCCCGACCAGCGACCGGCGACACCCGGUGCUCACGCCGCAGGCGCUGCUCGUUGGCAAGUACCUGAACCAGUGUGUGGUGAGCAACGCGCACGAGGCGGCGGUGGGGCUGCUUCUUUGCGGCCUCAUGACGCGCAUCGCCGCGCCCGCGCACCGCGUCACACCCGAGGUGCUGGUCUUCUACCGCGACUGCCUCGCAGCCUUCGUGCCGCCCGCCAGCAAGGCAGCGGCGGCGGCAGCGGGAGCAGCAGACACGGCGGCGGCGGCAACAGCAAACGGGGCAGGGGCGGCGGGGAAAGCAGCCGGCAAGGGCGGCAAGGGGAAACGGAAAGCCGCGGCGCCAGCCGCGGCUGCUACGUCCUCAGCAUCUGCGCCGGCCGCAGACGCGGACAAUGACGACGCGUUUGUCCGGUUUGCGCCGGGGUCGCUGCAGCUCAGCGGCUCCACUGCCGCCGCGGAGGAGGACGCGCCGCCGGUGCCGCAGCUGGACAUGUACGCGGUGCUGGGGACGCCGGGGAGUGACCCGCGGUUCGCGACUGAUGCCUUCAAGCUGAGCCUGAUGCGGGUCGCGCUGUGCGGCGUACGGCGCUGCGCCGCCCUCGCGAGCACGCCCAACCCCACUGCGCCUGGCGCGGCGGCAGCCGCCAAGGCGGCGGCUGCGGCAGCAGCCGCGGCCGAGGAGGCCGGGGAGGAGGGCGGCGGCGGCGGCGGGGUCACGCCAGGGACGCCGUACGCUGGGCUGCCGUGUUUCCAGCAGCUGUUUGAGCCGCUGACGGCGGCGGUGGCGGCGUUGAAGCGGAUAGAGCGGCAGCUGCCGGCGGAGCUGCAGGAGCUCAGGCAAGCCGUGCACAGCCAACUCACGAAAACAACCGCCGCAUGCGUCGCCGCCCGGCGGCCGCUGGUGCACCCAGGCCGCGCGCGCGCCGCCGCCGCGGCGGCUGCGGGCGCCGGCGCCGUCAUCCCGGCGGCGGCGGUGCGCGAGUUCAACCCGCGCUUCGAGGAGGACUACGUGUCGGGGCGCGACUACGACCCCGACCGGCAGCGCUCGGAGCAGCGGCGGCUCAAGCGGCAGGUCACCAAGGAGCGGCGCGGCGCCAUUCGCGAGCUGCGGCGCGACGCGGUGUUCAUGGCGGGCGAGCGCGACCGCGAGAAGGCGGCGCUGGACGGCGAGCGGCUGGAGAGCGAGCGGCGCUUCUACAGCGAGCUGCAGCGGCAGGAGGCCGACCUCAAGAGCGGCGGGCAGGCGGGCAUGAACCCGCACCUCAAGAAGAAGAAGAAGUAGUGGAGCGGGGGAGGAAGAGGGGCUGGAGGAGGUGGAGGAGGGGGGCGGGGGCAGAGGGGGCUGGUGUGGAGAGCGAGAGGAGAAGUGGUGCAGGCGUGUGGUGGUGGUGGCGGCUGUGGGGUUGGCUGUGGUUUUGGGGUGGCUGCAGCGGACAUGCUGGCUGGCGUGAUGACCGUGCGGCUUAGGCGGGCAUAGGAAGGCGCAAGUGUCGGGGACACGGAAAUUGUACAGUACAGGUCUUGCAUGAAAGACUUUCAUUGUUGCCAGUUCGCAUUCAUUUGGUUCGUCGUUCAUAAUGCCGAAGCGCACGCCACUGUAACCCGGCCCCUGU